AUGACUUGCCGUUACCAUUCUCAAGCUUCAUGCCCCGGUGGUUCGAAGAGGUUUCCGUCUGCCUGCUGUUGGGUCGGGUUCGUCGUGGUUCGGUUGGUCUGUCCUGCCCACUGCACGACUUCCGUCCCCUACUUGCUGGCCUUGUUUGGUUUCGGGUGGUGCUUGGGUGUGGUCCUGACCUUGUGCCUUGGACUUUAUCUUACUUUUGCUUGUCCUUUGGCCCUUCUGUUGGUGUCCCACUUGUUCGCCCACCUCUUCGUCCCACUUCCUCUGCUAGGCUCCUUGCCUACCUGCAUGAGCGCACCCACCCUCCUAAUCACUGUGAUUAGGAGUGCUGUGUCUUCACUUCGUGCCAUUGCCAACUCACUUGAGGCUGCAUUGAACGGUGCCGAGGCCGUAAGCUCUGCUUUUGCUGGCCUCCGGGCCCCGGAUCCUGGUCUGUCUGUGGACUUUGACUUGGAAUCUGCUCCUUGGGCUUCUGCCGGUGUUUCUUCCAGCCUUUCGGUUUCCCGGGCCUCCAGCCACGACGAAGUUGCUCAGCUUCUCACUUCUGCUCCUCCUGCUUGCCACCAGAUCUGCUCAGCCCUUCAGUGUUCCUCUGAGGAGAGAAAUCAUAGAACCCAACGCGCCUGGGAGGCAGGACUUUGGGCCAAGGCCACCUUGCAGGGGCAGAUUGAUCGACCUAGGCCUACCCCAAAGCUGGACAAGAAACCUGUCACCUAUAUCAUCCUCAGGGUGAAGACUCUAGAUCAAGGUCCUGCCCCUCUCUAUGUGCUGCUUCUUCCAGAAGUGUCCAACCCAUCUUCAGGAGUCAUCCUCCCCGAGGUUCAGGUGUUGGCCAUCCCCAUACUCUCCAGGCAAGACGGUCUGCUCUUGGCCAUCCCGUCGGAUUCAUUUCCUCCCGAGGUGAUAUAUCCAGCAGAGCCUCCCUUGCCUCGAGCCCUGAUAGGUCCUGCAAAAGAGGUCUUCGUGCAGGCCGCAUCAGACGACGAUGCUGGUUUGGAAAGGCCCUUGGACUACCAGAUAGCAUGUCUCUUGGUGGACUUCACUGCCGUGCUGCCCAGGUUACGAGGAUUGGACCCUGUGACAGAAGGCCCAGGGAUCCAUUGUUUCUCGGAAGGCGCAAUGGAGAUAUAUCCUUCAUCCUCGGAGCUACUGACAGCAGCCUACACAUGGUUCCAAGAGGAACAGGAGGGAAGGGUGGCUUUCUACUCGGCAGCAGAGGAUUUGCCCCCUCAGCAAGCACCCACAGAGUUUGGAUUUUUGACUCCAGGUGCCAAGCAGCCCUUGCCGAGCCCUUCCCAAUUCCUUCGCCAGGUGGGACCCCCGCCGAAAGUUCGGAUGCCCCAGCGUUCCAAGCAACAGGAGCAGAUGCCAGAAGACGAGCCUACUGCACCCCUGGAGGAGAUGGACUUGUCCUUGGUGGAGGAGGGCCCGCAGGCUUCCAUAGCACAGAUGUUACUCAAACAACAGAUGGCCCUGAACACCUUGGUGUCCCACAUGGCCAGCCAGGAUGGGUUUCAAGAUUUGGGAGGAUCUACAUCAGCAUCUUCGACCAUCUCCCUGAAGGGGUCCGCCCGCCGGGAUCGCUUGCUUGCCGAUCUAGCUGCCAGGAAGAGCGAUUUCUUUCUGAAGGUGGCCCAGAAUGCUCACCGACGCCUGAAGCCCGCGGAGAUGGUUCCGCCUGCACUGGCAGACUUCCCCCAAAAGGCCCUGUUCACCAAGUACCUAGAGAAGCAGGGAGGCUACACUGGCUUUCAGAGGGACCAGGGAUUGACGAUGUGGCUCCUGGGUCAUGUGGCAGACCAAUUCCUCGUGCAGGACUUCAAGGGUGCUCAGGAGAUGUUGGCCCUUGCAAUGGUGGCCAUCGAGCAGAGUGCCAUGGACAAUGGGAAGUGGGAGGUGGCAUGGAUUUUGGCCCUGCAGGAAGAUCCACCCCAGCAGCUUUUUGCACACAGACCCCAGGCUACGAACCCGAGGCUGAGGGCUUUCGGGCCUUUGUGCCCGGCAGACGGGGGAGCCACUGCACUGGCUUACAUCAAGGAGUUGGAUCUUCUCAGCACUCGACGUGCCGAGGCCCUCCCCAAGAAGCAAGGAGGAGAAAAGCUGGAGGAGGAUUUGGAGGACCCUGCCAAGAGGCCAAAGCAGCCCAGGAGGGCAAAACCCAUCAGAAAGCACAUGAGGCAUGACAGCACAAGCAUAGCAAAGUCUAGCUCCCAAAGCAAAGGUGUCCCCUUCGUAGGCCAGUCUUGCCCUAGUUCCGGGAAUGUGGAUUUUCCUUUCUCCUGCCGGGCCCAUGGACUUUCGGCCGAUGAUGCCUUGCCUAAUUGGUCUUCUCUUCAGACCUUUUCUUUCUUGCAAUGGACUUCGUCGCUUUGUCGUCAGGUCUUAAGCAGUUGUACCCCUUUUGCAUGUUUCCUGAAGCGGACUCUCCACAUUGCCAGGUCGCCCGAAGUUGCACCUGCAAAAGUUUUGUACCCUCUCCCUCUGCCGAAGGUUGGUGUUUUUCAAGUUUCAGCAAGGGCGGGUUCCAGAGAGCGAAGGCGAAAGGCUUUUGACCAGGCAGUUCAUAUCACCGUAAUGGCUUUGAACUUUUGGCAUGCCGAUUUCAAGUUCCCGCCUUUGGACUCUUUGGCUCUCACCCCGUCGCCUUCCCAAGCAGAUGUCCUUGACGGAAUUAGGAGAAUGGUCAAAGCUUUCGGUAGCUGUAAGGAUGCCUUUGAGAUUCCUUCCGGUGGCCGUAGAUCAACCUCUUUGAUUUCCCAGCUUGCCGACCUUUCAGAUUUUGUUUCAUGGGGGGGUUUGGCUGGUGCGUCCUAUUCACGUGGUUUCCGGGGUUCCCAAGAGCCUCUAGGAGCCUUCAUGCAUGUUCCUGUGGAUAAGACUAGGGCCCCUGAGCUUGUCCCAUACAGCAGCCUCAACCCAGAAAGGCUCAGGCUGUCAGGUUCAGGAUCCUGGGAUGCUUCACAGUUUUUGUCUGAUCCACUUUGGAUGGCAUUUUGUGAACCUUCUUCACUCAGAUGGACCUUGAGUGAGAGGUCGUAUGAUGUUCCGGAUGUUGAGAAGGAAGACUACGAUGCUGUUCGAAGACUGAUGAAGUUGUGGGAUGUUAGAGGACUCCUUUUCCUGCGUGAUGAGCCGCUGCCAUGUGAUGAGACAGACCUCUCGAUGCGUUUCUUCAAUUGCCAUAAGAAUGCCAGUGCAGACCGCAUGAUAGGGGAUAGAAGAGCUAUGAACUUUGUGGAGGGCACCAUCCCAGGCGCUUCGCGUUGUUUGCCCUCAGCCCUCCUUUUGGCAAAUUUGGAGUUGAAGCCCAAUUCAGAGAAGGUCAGUAUCUACAUCUCAGAUAGAAAAGACUUCUAUCAUCAGUUCAAGGUGAGCAGAGAGCGGGCAUCAUCAAAUGCACUGUGGCCCUUGAUCCACAGGAGUGACUUGGAAGAGACCCUUGCGUUUUCGGCUUGGUGUGAAAGAAAUCUGAAGAAGUCCGCCUAUGAUCGACUGAAGCAUGGCGACCUUUUUGAGAAAGGGGGUUUGGGCUUUCAAAAGAAGAAGUCAAAGGUGCCAGAUUGGUUCCAGGGUUGUUUCGCUAGCAUUCCUCAGGGCGACCACCUGGGUGUUGAGUUUGCAGUGGAUGCCCACCGGAACCUUUUGAAAGCAUAUGGACUUCUUUGCGAUGACCAAGAGCUGAGGUCCGACAGGUUGUUUCGUGGAAAGAAGGUUGCCUCGGGUUUGGUGAUUGAUGACUUUUACACGGUGUCUGUGCAGAACGUGAAUGUCAGCCAUGUGUCCUCUGCCUCCCAUGCACAGUUUCUCACAGCGGCAAAAGCUUACGCGGAUCAGGAGAUUUUAGGCUCUGAAGAGAAGGAUGUCAUCGGGGCUGACAAGGCAAAGGUUACAGGAGCUGAGUUGGACACGUCUGCUGCCUUGAGGGAGCUCAACAUGGCCACCUUGGCAUCACCUGCAGCAAAGCGUUUGGCCUUAGCUUUCGUUUCCUUGGAGCUGGCAAAAUUGCGUUGGACCACAGACCAGCUGCAUCUUUGUUUGAUAGGUGGAUGGGUUCAUUCUCUGCUUUUCCGCCGGCCCAUGAUGUCAAUUUUGGACUCCAGUUUUGGAUUUGUCUCGAAUGACGAAGUGCGAGGAGAUGGUCCCAAGCUGGUACCCUUGACACGAGCGGUAGCCCAAGAGUUGGUGCUUCUGGCUGUGCUAUGCCCCUUCAUGACUACUGAUUUGACGGCCCGGAUGUCAUCCACUGUUUUUGCAACUGACUCUUCAGACAAGAAGGGAGCCAUCGUUGCUGCGGAAGUGAAUGAAGAGGUUGCCCGCGCCCUCUGGAGAUCAGGUAGGAAGAAAGGUGGUUAUAUCAGGCUGCUGAAUCAGUCUCAAGCCCUGCUGAAGAAGUUGGACCCUGACUUUGAGGAGCCUCCUUUGCCUGGUGAAGAAAGCAAGCAGUCGGUCGAGAGGCCUUUGGCUUUGCGUUUCCACUUCCUAGAAAUUUGCGGAGGAGCUGGGAAAGUUGCUGCUGCAGUUUCAAGGCAUGGAUGGAAUGUGGGGCCUGUCAUUGAUCUGGACAGAUCGGCCUUUUAUGACUUGCGCUCCUUACGAGUGAUCAGCUGGUUGAUCCAUUUGCUUGAGAGAGGCCUGCUUGAUGCUUUCAUGAUUGAACCUCCAUGCACAACUUUUUCACCAGCGCAGCAUCCGGCGUCAAGGGGCUAUGAUUGUCCUCGAGGUUACGACCCUACAGACCCUCAUACCCUGACAGGUACCACCCUGGCAUUGAGAUCUCUUACACUGCUGGAUGUGGCAAGUGACAUGGGCUGUCCGGGGUUGCUGGAGCAGCCCAGGCGUACCAAGAUGCGUCGUCUUGAAGAGUGGCAGAGACUUGUGGAGUUAGGCAAGGCUGAGGAGAUUUGGACUGCAAGUUGUAUGUUUGGCAGCAUUCACAACAAGGAGUUCAUUUUCCUGUUUUGCCAUUUAGCUGCCCAAAACCUGCACCGGAAAUGUGAUCGCAGCCACGUGCAUGUGAAGGUUCCAGGCCAAUUCACCAAGACUUCAGCCGUCUAUACAGAUGACCUAGCAGAUGCCCUUGCCGCCGUUUUCAGCAAAGCAAUUGCCAAGAAGUUGCGGAAAGAAACGUUUUUGGAACCGGAGGUCCGAGGUUUAGAAAGCCCUUUAUGCAAUGAUGUGCUUGUCAGUGCGCAGUGGAGGACUGUCUCUGUCUGGACUUGGAGGAGGCCACUUCAUAUCAACAUUUUGGAAAGCCGUGUGGUGUUGUCCUUGUUGAAGAAGCUUGCCUUGACCUCCCCGGGUGUCCGUCAGGUUGUUGCCUUGGACUCGAACGUUGGACUGUCUGCGCUUGCCAAAGGCCGUUCCCCUUCUUAUGGACUUCGCCCUUGCGUCAGGAAAACAGGGGCCACGGUAGUUGCAGGCCGCCUGUAUCCCGCAUAUCAGUUUGCCCCAACACGUUUGAAUCCGGCAGACCACCCAACUAGAGAUAACGCCUUGCCGCCCCCCCUGCUGAGUUCUCUGUCCUCUUCGCCGUGCCUUGAGGAACUUUUGGAUUUUGCAGAGAUUUCCAUGCUCUCAAGACCGGCUGCAAACUGGGUUCGACUUGUGGUCUUGUUGAGGGGGGCAUCCUUUCCUUGGUUUCGUCCCGGUGAGUGUUGGAGGUUUGGUGAAUAUGCUUUCAAGCAUUAUCCCUUCCAGAAAGCCGUGGCCUCUCGAUCUAGCCAUUUCCGCUCUGGGGGCUUCGAUUCCACUUUGGGUUUUCCUGGCGAAGGACCAUUCUGGAUUUUGGCUUAUGGUCUCCUCCUUUUGGAUUGUGCUGGAUUUUGCCGAUGGAUUUCUCUCCUUUUCGUGCGGUGGGCAGGUUGGUGCGUGCUCCUAUGUUGUGGCUUCUGUUUGGUGUGCGUGCGUCGGAGGUCUUGGAUUUUUGUCGGAUCUUCCCUUUGCUUGCCGGUCGGUUCGUGUGUCAGCCAUGGUCCAGUGCCUGCCCCAAAGAACCCUGGCGACAAGAGACGGGCUGGCCUGAGGUCUUCCUUCGUUUUGCCAGAAGGGAGACCGAUCCUGGGAAGAACACAGCUCCAACGAGAUCGUUUCCUGGAUGAGUUCAACAGAUGGCUUAGGGAAGAUGGUCUCUCACUGGAACCAUUGAUUGGGACUGCAGAAAUAGAUAUUGAGCUUUUGAACUUUCAACUGGAAAGGUAUGGCAGGUCACUUUUCUUGUCAGAGAGGCUCUACAAUCGCUAUGCAGAAACAAUCAAUGGAGUUGGGAGCCUUCGACUUUGCGUGCGUAGAUUGCUACAGCAGGCGUUUCUAGGCUUGGUUGCAACUGUUUUCUACUGGGUUUGGAUAAAAGAGAGCGACGAGCCAAAGACCAAGUGUCGUGUGGCCCGACACCAAGUAGAAAAGAUCGACCAGCCUCAAUUGAUGUCAGUGCUGGAUGUGGCUUUUGGUUUAGAUUUGGGAAGUCUCAGAGCUGGAGGGUGGACCACCAAUAAGGUGAUCGAAAUCUAUGUGCAAGACCCCUGCCGUACAAUUCAUCCCCAAUCUGCCUCAAGCAUCGAAACAUCAGAUCACAAACGGAGCGGCUCUUUUUCCAUGAUGAUGGAACAGGUACAGUGCCUGAAUAGAAUGCAGAUUCCUUCAAGUGUUUGGCCAAUUUUCUGCCAGGAAGCAGCCGACAAGCUUGUAUCAAAUGGGUGA